AUGACCAAAGUAGCUCUCAUCACUGGUGGCACAAGCGGAAUCGGCUUCGCGGUCGCCGAGGCUUUGAGUAAAACCGGGCUCUGGCAGGUCAAUAUAAUUGGCAGUGAUCAAGAAAAAGGCACGAAAGCAGCCGCUUCUCUCCCUCAAACCACGUUCUACCAAGCCGAUGUGCGGAACUAUGAAAACUUGGCGACCACUUUUGAUCAGAUCUUCAAUGUCGGUCGGCGUCUGGACUUUGUCUUCGUGAACGCCGGUAUAGCAGGUUACGAUGACCAUUAUGCCGAACAAUCAGACACCGGGAUUCCGCCCAAGCCCGAUCUUUCGGUGGUCGAUAUCAAUAUGAACGGGGCUCUGUAUACCAGCUAUCUUGCGAUGCAUUACUUCCGUCGCUCUCCGGAAUCCACCAAAGGCGACAGACAUAUGGUUUUCACCUCCAGUAUAGGUGGACUAUACCCAUGCGCCUUGGGUCCGGUGUACUCCAGUACUAAGCAUGCGCUCAUUGGAUGGGUCCGUUCCACUGGCCCACGACUUUGGAAAGAUGGCAUUCGGGUCAACGCUAUUUGUCCAGGUGUUGUCGGGACACCAAUACUCGAAAACGAUGCUUUUGAAUCAUUGUUUCCCCGUGAGAUGUGGGUUGACAUGCAGCUUGUGACUGAAACCGUGUUGCGUUUGCUCUCUUGUACUGAAAUGGUGGAUGGCAAAGGAAUGCGCGUUGGUAGCGACGAAAUGCACUCUCGGGCGCUUCAUAUUUCUGGUGAUACUUUCUUCUUCAUCGAGAUGCCCGACUUCCAUGAUGAAGCAGCACCAUUCACAUGGAAUGCCAUGAUGUAUGGAAAACUCAAUGUUUAG